CGGAGGGAGGAGGAGGCGGCGGUUGAGUGGAGGAGGCGGCGGGCGGAUAGGCCGCCCGGAGGCCGCUCUCGGAGUUGCUGUCAUGGCGGCUCCGCUGACAGUUGGUGUUUUUGGCGCCUCUGGAAAUCAAGGUGGAUCAGUGGCGAUGGCCCUGUUGAAGGAUGGUACAUUCAAGGUGAGAGCUAUCACCAGAAACCCAAGAAAAAAAGAAGUUAAAGAACUGAAACGUCUUGGAGCUGAAAUAGUGAAAGCUGAUCUGGACAAUGAAAAGAGCCUGUUUGAUGCGUUGAAAGAUGUGUAUGGAGUCUUCUUAGUCACAGACUACUGGGAAUAUAUGGACAUUGAUAGAGAAGUGCAGCAGGGUAAAAGAGUAGCUGACAUUUCCAGCCACUUUGGCGUGAAGCACAUUGUAUUCAGUGGACUAGAGAAUGUAAAAAAGCUGACCAAUGGAAAGCUGGAUGUGCCACAUUUUGAUGGGAAGGGACAGAUCGAAGAUUAUUUCAGGGAACUUGGUUCUCCCAUGACAUGUGUUAGAAUGCCUGGCUACUUUGAAAAUUUCCUUGAUGUGCUUAAACCUGUUAAAUCAGACAAAGGCUAUUAUGUUUUAGACAUUCCUAUGGGAGGAGUUCCAAUGGAUGGGAUGUCAGUCAAAGACUUGGGUGGAGUUGUGCUGGCCAUCUUGAAAAGCCCUGAAAAGUAUAUUGGGAAAGAGAUAGGCCUCAGCACUGACAGGCUUACGAUUGAGGAGUAUGCUGCAGUUAUGUCCCAACAUACUGGGAAAACAAUCAGAGACUCUAAGAUAUCAGCUAAGGAUUAUGAGGAGCAGAAUUUUCCAGGAGUGCAAGAACUUACCAAAAUGUUCCAGUUUUAUUUGAAGCAACCUCAUCGCAACAAGGAUCUAACAUUAAUGUUAAAUCCUAAGGCACAAUCCUUUGAAGAGUGGAUGUCAAAAAACAAGAAUGCCUUCAUGAAUGACUGAACACCAAAUAAUAUUUUUUUAACAUGGGUAGCAUCAGGAAGGCGGUGCAUCACAAGGAUAGAUGUGUUGGCUGACUAAUAGCUGGACCGUGUGGGCAAGUCAUGUGAUGAAACCCCCCAGGAAUACAUUUAAUCACAACUCUAUAUACCUCUGACUGUCCUGGUGUUCACCUUGGAAUGAUUUAUAUUGCAAUAAUAUUGUUGAGUGCAGCUUCCCUUUAAGAUACAGCCUGCCUUCAAGAUGAGCAGGCUGGCUGUAUCAUGUGAUCUGCAAACUUUGCCAGGCCCUCCCAUUGUACCUAGAGGCCACAGGCACUGUUAAAGAAUAGAGAGCCAAUUCCACAAUUAUUUUGGUGAGGUGGGUCCAUAACAUUGUUGCUGACUUCAGUUUGAACAGGCAUGGGCAGGUUGUGAAUCAUGAUCACUGUGCCUAAAAAUCAAAGCAAACCAAUUUCUAACCCAUUACUUAUAUAAGUCCUUGAUUUGUGCUAAUUAUCUACAUUGCUCUCAAAUAUUUACAGAUCUGCUUAUCUUAUGCGAUUAUUAAAAA